AAAACUACAAAAUAUAUUUUAAGUUUAAAUCUUUUAAAAUAGUGAACAUUAAAAUACCAUUUGGAUAUUCAGACUCCACAAUACCCACUUCAACUUGACGCAUCUUCCCUGCCAUUCGCGACACCCCUUCUCCCUCGUCCUUUCUGAUAUUAAAGGAAUUUGGUUCUCCUCAAACCCGAACUUUUUAGCAUCAAUGGGCAAGACAAGUACAAGAUUAAUGUCUGAUUCAAAGUCCGAUUCCAAGUUAGAAAAGAAGCUACAAUUUUAUUCCAAGGUGAAAGAUACUGUUGCUUCCUUGAGCGCCCAAAAGUCUAUUAGCAAGAAGAAAAGCAAACAACAAAGGCGGCAGAAUAAAUUGAAGGCAUAUAACCUUUCCUCAAUCUUAGAGUCCCUUCCGGAGUUGAAGGCAUCACAGAAAUCAGAUUGUGAAGAUGACUUUAAACUUAACUGUAAAUCUAGGAAGAAAUUAUUAUUGAACGAAGGUCAACGAUUAUCUGCAGUUCUUAAGGAUGAUUUUUUCCAAGCAGAUCCCCUAUCUGUCAUCCAUCAACACUUGCAGAACACACAACCGAUAGUAGAGAAACAACCCAAGAAGAAAGUUAACAAAAAUGGAUCCAAGAAGAGGAAGAAAUCAAAGGCUUCAACUGGACUACCGUCUAUGGAUAUGUGAGGUCUCUAUGUGGCUGCUAUAAUGAUCUCCUUUCUUCAAGGUGUUUACAUAAUUUUGUUAGUUCUGGGAGGAAUCAGGUUCUUCAAGAUAUGAACGACAAUGACAAUAUACAUUCAUAUGGGUAGCUGCUGAGCAUGGCAACCCAAUAUAAGAUCCACAUGAAACCUAUAAUGAAUCAAUUUUUAUGAACAUUUAUCUUAGAGGUUUUUCAUGUGAAGAAAACGUCUAUAUCUUAAAUCACCUUGCUUUGUAAGCUUUGCAGCAAACUUUUCCGUGCUCUAUACAUUUCCUGGCUUACAAGAUUGUGAACUGGAUACACUAUUAACCUUUA